AUGGACACAGCAGAGCCGGGGUUAUCCCCGGCUACUGAGGGAAGGAAGAGGUACAGUGACAUCUUCCGGAGCCUGGACAAUCUUGAGAUCUCACUGGGGAAUGUGACCCUUGAGAUGCUGGCUGGAGACCCUGUGCUCUCAGGAGACCCUGAUCCUGACAUGGCUCCCACAGCUGCUGUGACCAGCGAAACCAGUCCUUGGAGCAGCCCCUCCUCAGAGGGUCCUACACCCCUCACAGGAGAGGAACUGGACUUGCGGCUGGUUCGGACCAAAGGGGGUGUGGAUGCAGCCCUGGAGUAUGCUAAGACCUGGAGCCGCUAUGCCAAGGAGCUGCUGGCCUGGACUGAGAAGAGAGCCAGCCAUGAGCUGGAGUUUGCCAAAAGUGUCAUGAAGAUUGCGGAGGCUGGCAAGGGGUCCAUCCACCAGCAGAGCCACAUGCCUCUGCAAUACAUCUACACGCUGUUUUUGGAACACGACUUCUCACUUGGGGCCCUGGUACAGGAGACAGUGGCUCAGCAGAGGAGGGAUUACUACCAGCCCCUGGCAGCCAAACGAACUGAGAUUGAGAAGUGGCGGAAGGAAUUCAAAGACCAGUGGACCAAGGAGCAGAAGCGGAUGAAUGAGGCAGUGCAGGCCCUUCGGCGGGCCCAACUCCAAUACGUCCAGCGUAGCGAAGACCUGCAGGCCCGCUCCCAGGGGUCCCCAGAGGACCCGACCCCCCAGGCCUCGCCAGGGCCCAGCAAGCAGCAGGAGCGGCGGCGCCGAUCACGGGAAGAGGCUCAGGCCAAGGCUCAGGAGGCUGAGGCGCUGUACCAGACCUGUGUCCGAGAGGCCAACGCGCGGCAGCAGGACUUGGAGGCCACCAAGCAGCGGAUUGUAUCGCACGUGCGCAAGCUGGUGUUGCAGGGAGAUGAGGUGCUAAAGAGGGUAACCAUGGGCCUAUUUGGGCUGCGGGGUGCGCAGGCAGAGCGUGGGCCCCGCGCCUUUGCAGCCCUGUCCGAGUGCUGUGCACCCUUCGAGCCUGGCCAGCGCUAUCAAGAGUUCGUUAGGGCGCUGCAGCCAGAGGUUCCGCCACCCCCACCGCCUGCCUUCUUUUUCCAGGAGUUUGUACCUGCCGUGCACAGCUCCCCUCUGGACACUAGAAAGAAGUUCUCAGGUCCCCUGCCUCCCCGGCUGGAUGAGGCUGCGAAUGAGCUAGGCCCCUGGGAGGACUCAGGCACCCGCUGGCAGGGGACCCCAGGUCCCGCCCAAGGAAGUGAUGUGGAUAGCUUGGGUGGCGAGUCCCGGUCCCUGGACUCUCCUACUUCCAGCCCAGGCCCUGGUUCCAGGCGGCUGGUGAAGGCCUCAUCCACAGGCACAGAGUCCUCAGAUGACUUUGAGGAGAAAGACCCUGACCUGGGAGAUGCACUGGAAAAUGGGACGUCCAGGCCCUUCAGGAAGUGGACACUAUCCAAUGCGGCACAGACCCACCGGCUGCGGCGGCUGCGGGGCCCAGCCAAGUGCCGCGAGUGUGAGGCCUUCAUGGUCAGCGGCACCGAGUGCGAGGAGUGCUUUCUGACCUGCCACAAGCGCUGCCUUGAGACACUGCUGAUCCUCUGCGGACACAAGCGACUACCAGCACGGACCCCCCUCUUUGGGGUCGACUUUCUCCAGCUGCCUAGGGACUUCCCAGAGGAAGUGCCUUUCGUGGUGACCAGGUGCACGGCCGAGAUAGAACAGCGCGCCCUGGAUGUGCAGGGCAUUUACCGAGUCAGUGGGUCCCGGGUCCGCGUGGAGCGGUUGUGCCAGGCCUUUGAGAAUGGCCGAACAUUGGUGGACCUGUCAGGAAAUUCCCCUCAUGAUGUCUCAGGUGUCCUCAAGCGGUUUUUUCAGGAGCUCACCGACCCCGUGGUCCCCUUCCACCUCUAUGACGCCUUCAUCUCUCUGGCCAAGACCCUGCAUGCAGACCCUGGGGACAACCCUAAGGACCCCAACCUUGAGGUCAUCCGCUCGCUCAAGACACUCUUGGUACAGCUGCCUAACUCUAACUACAACACUCUGUGGCACCUGGUGGCACAUCUGUUCAGGGUAGCUGCAAGGUUUGAGGAAAACAAGAUGUCUGCCAACAACCUGGGCAUUGUGUUUGGGCCAACGCUGCUUCGACUGCCGGGCAGUCCAGGGACAGCUGGUGCUGGCCCAGUUGCCUGCCUGCUGGACUCGGGAUAUCAGUCCCAGCUGGUUGAGUUCCUCAUCGUGCACUACGAGCAGAUCUUUGGGAUGGAUGAGCUACCCCUAGUCACAGAGCCCCCAUCCCACAACCCCAGCCUGGCUCCAGAGACUCUCACAACCAACCCCCAGCCAGCACCCUCACACUUUGAUCCAGAUCCUCUGCCCUCAGCCAUAGUCUCAGAUCCAGACCCAGGCCCAGACUGUGAGCCCCAGAAUGCCCUGGAGAAGUACCCUGAGACAGCGGUCCCCGAGACUCCUACCCUGCAGAGUGACCAGAGAGAGGAAGUGGCUGCAGACACCAAAGAUGGGGGAGGUGAAGUAUCCAGCCGAAGUCCCGAGGACUUGCUCCUGGGAACACAGUCCCGUGGCCACUUCAGUCGCCAGCCUGUGAAGUAUCCUCGGGGGGGCAUACGGCCUGUCACCCAUCAGCUGUCUGGUUUGGCCCUGGUGGCUUCCAAGCUGUGUGAGGAGACCCCUGUCACAUCAGUACCCCGUGGGAGCUUGCGGGGACGUGGUGGGGCAGGUCCUGCCACCACCUCCCCUGAGGGCAGUCCCUUGCGUCGCACCCCACUGCCCAAGCACUUUGAGAUCACCCAGGAGACAGCCCGGCUACUCUCCAAGCUGCACAGUGAAGCUGUACCCAGAACCACCUGCUGCAUGGACCCCCAGCCUGAGACCACCUGCAGCGUGGACCUCCAACCUGAAGAAGUUGAGGACCAUCUUUGA